AACUGAGCCUCAUUUUGUACACGUAUGUUUACAUUAUUUAGUUUGGAUAUUGCUAGGGUCUAUUUCAACGUCAGCACUUAUAACGCAACUUGUCAGAGUCUUUCUGCAUUUGUUAUAUUACGUAUAUAUGUACCCAUCCUGCAUGCAUGCUUUGGGUCAUCAAGUCGUGAAUAAUGUCUUCGGUUGCGGUCUCUAGCGAUCUGAUGAGCGCCUUUAAGUUCGGCACGGGGAACUGGGAUCCGGAGCACCGCUUCGAGACGUCGUGGCUGUUCCCGCCGUAUGUUCUGUUCGCUCUGCGGCUGUUGAUGCCCGAAACAUGCCGCGACAAACACCGGUGCCGCGGCGGCGGGUUGCAUAUUGUGACGUACGUCCGAGCGAUACUCAAGACUGGCUCCCUCUACGCCUUCGUAACAUUGCUUUUCAAUAUUGGAUACCAAUGCGCCCACACCGAGUUAGGCGGGUGCGAGGCCUCGCGUGCCGAGUUCUCAUUCUUCACGGUGCUCACGUACUGGGGCCUCGCCUUCUACAUGCUCGUAGCAUCAGUCCACACAUUCACCUACGCGCGGUACUCCAACCCCUUUCUCGCCCGCUUCCCGCGGCCAUUGCAGGUCCUGCACGCUCUAUUCUACAGCACCGUAACGACAUUCCCCUUCCUAGUAACCAUCGUGUACUGGGGCGUGCUGUACAGCUACGGAUCCGCCUGGUUCCCUACCGUCUACGGCGCCUGGAGCAACAUCAGCCAGCACGCGAUGAACAGCCUCUUCGCGCUCUUCGAGAUCUUCCUCACGCGCGUGAACCCCCAGCCCUGGAUGCACGCGCUCUGGCUCAUUGUCAUCAUGGCGCUAUACCUGGCCCUGGCGUAUCUGACGAAAGCGACCAAAGGCUUUUACGUGUACCCCUUUCUCGACCCGGGGAGGACCGGAUCCCUGGUCGCUGCGUACAUCUUCGGGAUCGGCGCUGCUACGCUUGUGGUUUUCGCUAUUGUGAGGAGUCUUGUUUGGAUGCGUCGCUGGCUUACGGAGGAGAAGCUGGGGCGGCAUGGCAAGUUUGCCGACUUCCCGCCUAGGAAUAUUCAGGAGGUCGAGCUGGGUGAUAUUCAUGGGGCUGGAAUUAAGUAAUUCGGAUACGGAAGCACUGGCUACUAGUUGAUUAGCUAUUAUGGGAUAAUACGGUAGGCUAAAUAUGGUUUGUUUUCUAUGUUUCUAAGCGAGCAUCCUAGUGAUUAAAUAUAUCUACCUGGUAGGCAAUGAUAUUCAUCAAUAUCAUCCAUGUCUUAACAUUUGUGAUUGCGAUAUACUACGUUGCUUGCAUCGAGUUUUACACCGAAUUAAAUGAGAAGAGCGUGUUUUACCG